CGCUCUCCCGCGCGCCUCACCUGUCCGCGCAGCAGCGACCAGAGCGCAGCGUCCGCGGCUUCAGUUUCCAGUCAUGCAGGGUUUGGUUCUGAUCCUGGGACUCCUGGUCCUGGUCUGUUCUCCACACGUGGAGCCACGGGUCCAGCUGAACUCUAUCAGAACCGUGGUCCUUCGGGAAGGUCCAGCCGUCCCGGCCAACAGGAGCUCAUGGGAGUCCAGCCUGGACCUGAAGCUCCAUCAGUGCAUGAGCGACCUCGAGUGUUCUGAGGGAAGCUUCUGCCACAUUCCCGCCACAGGCCCCGCCCACUCCCGCUGCAGGACCUGCCGCAGGAGCGGCAAGCGUUGCCUUAGAGACGGCAUGUGUUGCCGUGACAACCGCUGCCUCAACAAUGUUUGCGUUCCCGACGCGGCGGCUGCUCAGAGCAUCCCAGACGCUGACGGGGAGAUGAAGAUGAAGGGAUGGAGACAGAGGAAGAGGAUGAACAUCAAAGGAGCUUCUAGUAAAGGUCAGGUCGGGGACCCGUGCCUGCGCUCGUCUGACUGCUCGGGGGGGCUGUGCUGCGCUCGCCACUUCUGGACGCGCAUCUGCAAGCCGCUGCUGCAGGAGGGGCAGGUGUGCACGCGGCAGCGCCGGAAGGGCCACGCCGGCCUGGAGCUGUUCCAGCGCUGCUCCUGCGGCGGCGGGCUCGGCUGCCGGGUCAUGCAGGACCCCCGCCUGCAGCCUCCGCCCUCCUCUCUGCUGCUCGCCGAGGCGACCCGCUCCAAAUUCACGGCGUCGUCCUCCACCUUCAGGUCAAAGUCAGCGAGCACGAGGCUGCACGUGUGCCAGAAGAUCUGAGAGAGAACGGUCCUACCUGCAGAAAGCAUGAACCUUUAGGAAAGAGGUCACCCCCUCCCCCACAGGGCCGGUUUCUGGAUGCUAAUCAACUUCCUUUCGGGCAGCUCUGAUACACAAACGGAGCUGGAGUCUCUGAGGUUCAGAUCGGGUUCCUCCAGCCGUCUAGACUAACAGAAACUGCUUCAGAAUCCAGUUUGACUCCAUUUCUCCUGAAUCUGCAGACCUUUGACUCUUAUUUUGAAAAUCCCUCAACCGAAUUUGUCUGUGGAGAGUUCCUGAAUCUACGUUGUUUCUGUCAAUAAACAGAUUGAAG